UUUGCAAUGAAAGCUUGGCCGCACGUGAUGAAAAGCGAACCAUCGUCAGUUCUGGAACUCCAAGCCCUGCGAUCGUUGUUUACCUUAAGAAUAUAUAAUAAAAUGAAAAUCCGGAGCAAUCCGCUGCCCCGGCGGCUGGCAGAUGUCUUGUGCUUCCUGCUCAUCGGCGUCUUUCUGCCGAUUGUGUUCAUGUUCGAGAUUAUUGUGGUGUUGCCGGCAUUCCACGAGCCGGGCGGCUUCUUCCACACCUUCACCUUCCUCAUGGCCAUGUUUCUGGUGUUCAACAUCAAGGGGAACAUGAUCGCAUGCAUGAUGAUCGACACCAGCGUAAACGUCAAGCAAGUGGAGCCGCCGCCGGAGCAGUCGGCGGAGCGCCUUGAGUGGCGCGAGUGCACAGAGUGCAAUCGGCUGGCCCCGCCCAGAUCGUGGCACUGCAAGAUAUGCGGCGCUUGCAUACUGAAGCGGGAUCACCACUGCCUAUACACGGGCUGUUGCAUCGGCCACCGGAACCAUCGCUUCUUUAUGGGCUUCAUUUUCUAUUUGUUUGUGGGCUCUGUGUACGCCCUGGUCUACAACUCGAUCUACAUGUGGAUAAUCCAUAGCAGCAUAUACUGCAAUUGGCUGACAGUCCUCAAGCUGACCUGCCCCAUGUUGCUGCUGGUGACCGGCGGCUUCUGGACCAACAUCUACCUGCUCUUCUACAGCCUCAAUGUGCUGGCCUUGGCGUACGGCAUCCUCCUGUUGGGCUAUCAUGUGCCGAUUGUGCUCCGUGGCGGAGUUUCCGCCGACCGCACGAAGCAGCGAAAGCUCAAAUACAAACGAGGAGUCAGGCAGAACCUAAGAAGUGUCUUUGGAGUGCGCAUGCACAUAGCCUGGCUAUCGCCACUCAUUCGCAGUGAUCUACCCGACGAUGGCUACCACUGGAGGGCCUCUACCUCUACCAAGGAGAGCGAAGACUGAUCUGUGUUUGAGCUAGGUUAAGAUAGAUGUAUUUUUGAGGCCUCCCGACUGGGCAGUCCGUAGAUGAGUACCGUGACUAUUGCUGGAAUUUCCUCGGGCUGGAUGCAGGCAAUUAGCAGUAUGGUGUAGUUGCAGCCGACUCCGCCCGUGAGUAUGGUUGCCACCACCACCCGUUCCACUUGACUCUCGUCCAAGACCAAAAUCAGGUUAAUAUUGGAAAUCAAUUUAUCCUGCAUAUAAAUUAAAAAUUAGUUCAUAUUUACAUCGAUACAAAUGAUAGAAAUCCAACCUUUUGUGUGACCUCCACAGUAAGAAACGUUUCAGAUAUGUUGUAGCUCAUUUCAUAGAUGGGCACGGCCUGGGAUUGCAUCAUUCCAAACUGUACUGAGUAUCCAAUAGCAUCAGUGGCGAGAAGAAUUGCCGACAGCAGCAGCCACACGACUUUGUCCAUGCCCGGAAACUGAACAAAACACUUCGCAAACAAUUAUCAAUUAUUGCAAUAGAUGUUUUGACAAGAAAAGCAAACAUUACGAUAACAGGCUUCAGUUCAGAUAAUUUAUUGAGUUAUUAAAAAGAAUCGCUGAGGAGCUACUUUUCAACCGA